AUGAGCGCCUACAGCGAUGCGCAAGACAAGCACAAAGGCGAUAAGUCGCAGGACAUUUUUCCACUGAACAUCAAGAUCAAACAGGAAAAAACCACCAGCUACGAGGAUUCGAGCAAAUCUGAAACGGUAGACAAGCUGUCGAUCGAUGUGAAUCUGAAAAACAUUUUCUCGACCACCAUCACCAGCAGCAGCGGCCCGGAAAAAAGCUCGGAAAAAGUGGUGGACGUGAAACCCGCGAUCGAACCACUGAAAUCGUCCAACGAAAUCCUCACAGAACUUUUCCGUGUGUUUAAUGCUGCUCCGCCGGAAAUUAUAGAAGAUGACUCCAACGACGCAGUGGAACAAGAAAAGAAAAAGAAGAAACACAAACACAAGAAGAAAAGCAAAAAGAAAAAGGGUAAUGAAAGUGACUCGGGUGAGGAGGAAGUUGAGCAUCCAGCUGAAGAUGGUGAGAAACGGGUAAAAAAGAAAAAAAUCAAGAAAGAGAAAGACCGUGAUCGAAAGCACGAAAAACACAAGCGAAUAAAACACCGGAUUGGUGAAACGCUACUGGUAACAGUGAAGCAGGAGCCUGUGGAUGAUGUUGACAAAGCUCCAAAACAACGCGACAUUGAAAAGUUUAAAGAAAACGGUAAAACAAAGGAAGUAAUACCAGAGGAAACUAAACAACCGCUGAAGGGCAGGAUACAAAUCAAAAGUCUGAAGGAUAGCGCUAUUUUCAAGGAACUUGCGACUAGUUCAUCUCAACCAACGGAACGUCAUCAUGAGCGACACCAUCACGAACGCGAUAAACCUUCGCAUCAUAAGCCGUCCCGAAGCGAGCUGCACAAACGGAGGACUUCCGAGACGGAAUUUUCGAUGUCGGAUGACGAUGAGAACAAAAAAGGAAGGUACUACGAUUUCUAUCAAAAAAAGUACAACUCUUUCUAUGCUGGGUUUGAAGAAGAAAACGAACGAAAAAGGCAAGACAGGAAGCGUGACCGACAUAGUGAGGAUCGCUCCAGACGACAUCGUUCGAAUACGUUUUCCCGAUCACGUUCCCGAUCCCGCUCUACGGAGCAGAUAGAUAAGCAGAAGCUGCUCGAAAUUGCCCGCAAGAAUGCCAUUAAUAUGCUGAAAAAGGGAACGCUUCCGGGUGCACAGAAUUUAGACGGGGAAUCCAAAGCAAAGCUUAUCUCGAAAAUGCAUGCCAGUGGAAAAAGCAUCGAAGAGUUGACCGCAUUCUGCAAGAAAAUUUCCCACAAGGACAAUGCAAAUGAUCUGUCCAGCGUAUCGUCUGACGAGAGUGAUCACGAUGCGGACGGAGCAAGCAAAGCUUUUCAUCAUCCAUUUCAACUGAAAGAAUCUGCUCCAAUUGUGAUGAACAUUCGCAACGCUACCACAAUUCAGCCAAAAUCGGCCGAAGAGAAAAAGGCCCUGCUGAUGCAGUUUCCAGUAUCAUCCGGAGCACAUCAUCGCAGCUCGGAAACGGAAUGGAUUCCGGUUGAGCCGAAAAAGGCACUUCCAUCGACCAAAGCUGCGUCAACCGUUGACUCUGGUGGCUCUGGAGGAGCACCCAAUUUUGGAAACAAAGCAAAACAGAAACUCAUCCUGCCACCAUCAUCCACGUUUGUGCCACAACAGAGCCCCGCACCGGACUUCUCUGUACCACAAGGUUCACCACUAGUCCCAAGUAUAGUCCCUGCCGCUGCCCCUCCAGCGAUACCUCCACUAAUGCAACCCCAUGUGGGACAUAUGCCUUUGGCUCCGGGUCCCCCAUGCUACCCAACGAACGAUACUGUUUUACCGUAUCAAUCGCCAUACCUUCCACCGGGAAAUUCGCAAAUGUCACAAACCGCGCAUCCGACGCCUUCCCAUGUACAACCGUUCAACAAUAUGGCUACACCGGAUACAUCAAUGAAUCUUCCCGUCGAUACCAGUAUUCCACCUCCAAACAUGAAUCCGCUAGGUGUUGGUCCGCAUCAGGAAUCACAACAAAGGCCACUUUUCACGCCAGGACCGGGAACCUCCCAUCCUCAUUCACAUUUAGGCCCCGGAUCAGACAACAUUUUUAACACCCAGUCCGAUGCGCCCAUUAUCGAUGUAUCGCAGAUUGUUAGUCAACGUUUGAAUGCAAUGCGCCGUCUGCAGGAAAAUCCAUCCGAUUCCGAUGCGAGACAGAUGCUAUACAAUACGCAGAAGGACAUGUCGACGUGGGCCUCAUCCAAAGCAAUGCCUGGACAGUUUCUAGGAUCGACCGGUGUCAACUGUCUCAGCCAGCGGGAACUGGCGGAAGGUUAUCAACCUUGGGCUAGCCGAGAUAUGAUGAAACAAACUGCACCCGUAACGGGCGGUAUGGGAAUGCAUUUGCUGCAGAAGAUGGGCUGGCAACCAGGUGAGGGUUUGGGCAAAGAGAAAAACGGUUCAUUGCAACCACUUUUACUAGAUGUAAAGUUGGAUAAGCGAGGACUGGGUGAAGGUGAAAAUAAACCACGGCCACAUCAAUCCUAUCCCAUGCCACCGUUUGCGCGCCGCGACAGUCGUCCUAGGUUUAUGAAUGUAAAAAUCAACACAGACGGUAAACAUCCAGUUUCGAUAUUAUGUGAGUACGCCACGAAGCACAAAUGGAAUCCACCUAUGUACGAGCUGGUGCAUGAAAGUGGGCCCGGUCAUGCAAAGAGUUUUAUCUUCAAAGUGCUUGUGAACGGACUUGAAUAUCAACCGGCGAUUGCGAAUAACACCAAGAAGGAAGCGAAAGCAACGGCGGCCAAAUUUUGUCUGCAACAGUUGGGGGUUAUGAUUACUUAA